GUUUUGCUCACGUACUGCGACGUACUGCGCAAUACGGCUCGCCUUGCUAGUUCUGUUGGAUUACUGCGUCGGUUCUGACUCUAUAUUUUAUGGUUAGAACGCUGUCAACUGUACCGUUUAAUCCCGCAUGGCUCCGCCGAAGAGCAAACAUUCGAAGGCAUCGAAGUGUCGGUACUGUUGCGUGAAAGACUGCCACCAGCGUGAAGGCCUAGCGGGCGUGAAGCUCCACAGGUUCCCAUCGAGGCCGUGGGAAAAAGAACGCCGUGGAAGAUGGAUAAAUGCCGUAAGACGCGUCAAUGAUGAUGGCUCGGACUGGAUGCCCAGCAAGAACUCCAGAAUAUGCUCGGACCAUUUCGUGAACAACGAGCCAAGCAACAUCGAGAGCCACCCCGGUUAUAUCCCAACGCAAUUUCCACUUGUGUACAAGAAGCGGAAUUCGGAUCCCGAUGCGCAAGUCAGGAGGUUUGGCAGGUGGAGGGAGAGAGCAGCUGGUGCAGCUACUUCAUGUCCACCAUCUCUGGGACCACAACAGUCAGGUACCACAAGCCCAGUACCUGAUGAGCACAAUUUGGAUUGCAGCGAAAGCCCGGAACAUGGACUACUGCCCCCCUGUCAAGCUGUUGAACUUCAUGAGAAGUGUUCAGUGGAGACCCAGACGGACAGCUUUGGAGCUUACUGUAAGAGCUUCUCAGUGUACACAUGCUCCCUACAAGGCGGGGAGGGCUGUACACAGAUCACACAUCGUGAGGUCUACGACGCUGAGGUGCAGCAUAAGCCACAAGUAUCUUCAAGGCCCUCAGGUCCCAACGAGAGGACAAGCUUUUUUGGAGGGUAUGAGAGUAUCCAGCAUUCCGAGGAUGCUUUGCGGGACAUUUGUAAUGUGAGCAUGCAAGUGUUUUCCCUACUUUUGAGCAUGCUGCCCCUUCUUCCUGAGCGCAGCUGCGAUGUCUCUCUUCCGAACAGGUUGCUGUUGUUUCUGGUAAAACUGAAACUGGGACUGAGGUACACCGCACUUGGCGUCUUGUUUGACAUAGACAGGACGACUGCAUCACGCCACUUUCGGGCAGUGUUGACAACCUUGACUGCUGCGACACGCAACUGGAUUUUUCGGCCUCCGUCGAGUAUUAUAAGAGCAACCUUGCCGGAUUGCUUCAAGGCAAACUAUCCGGAGUGCAGGAUGAUAAUCGACUGCACUGAAGUCAGGACAGAGGAACCAAGUAGCGUAGGUCAGCAGCGUGUGCUCUACUCAAGCUAUAAGAGUGGGUACACGCUGAAGUUUUUGGUGGCGAUUACACCCAACGGGGUGAUUUGUUUUUGUUCAAAGGCCUACGGAGGCCGCUGUUCGGACACCCACGUAACAGUGGAUUCCGGCUUCCUGGGUGUGGUACAGCCUGGGGAUGUUAUUUUAGCAGACAAAGGGUUCCCAGGCAUCAAGGCAGGUCUGAAGGACACCGAUGCUGUACUGGUGAUGCCCCCUUUCCUUUCUGGGAAUGGGCAGUUUAGUGAACAGGAAGUGCAGGAUACAUACAACAUUGCGCAGGUACGCAUUCAUGUGGAGCGAAUGAUCCAAAGGAUCAAGGUUUAUAACAUCCUCAAAAUGACAGUGCCCAUAACUCUAAUCCCAUUGAUGGAUGAUGUGUUCCAUAUGUGUUCUGUGCUUGCAAACUUGCAGCCUGCAAUCAUCAAGCCGUAUGACUAAACUUCGCAUGUAGGCCAUUCCAUUGAGCUUAGGUUUUCAAACUGCAUUCCUAGGGACCCUUGGAUUUUUCGGUGCACCCUCGGAGGUUCCCUGCCCUCCCCAACUUCCACAAUCGUCCCUCCCACCGAGUAAAAUAUUUUUCACACUACAAGUACUAUUUCACCAGAACCAAGCCAUCCAUUGAUGCAUAACUGUGCACCAAAAUUUGGGAGUUUUGCAUGCCAAACCAACGACGGGCAUCUGGCACGCCCAAGCGGAGGACUGAGGAUUAAUUUGGACCACCUGGGGAUUUUUUGACGUGCAACCGAAAGCUCGGUUACACGGCGCCUUCUCCGCAAUAAGCCUCUGUCAGAUUGCGGGCACCUCGGCCGUUAUUCGAACCCGCUGCAUGGGUGUCCGUAGGCAGGCGCUCUCACCUUGGAGCCACCGAGGCGGCUAUAAGUAUGCACCAAACAUUGGUUAUGUAGUGUGUGUAUAGUAUUGUUUCAUGGGCACAAUCAGGCUAUCUACCAAGUUGGUUCUUUCAAAUUCCCUGACUUUUCCGGGGGUUUUCCUGACUAUCUUGAUCAAAUUCCUUGACUCCUUCGGUCAAGGACAACUUUUAGGGCAAUAUUAUUCAGCCCUGCCAUGCAGAUACGUGUUUGUCUCGUUUCAGUCCACACUGCCAUACCCUUUCACUGGCCAUUUUCCCUGAUUUAGCCAAUGUUUUGACAAUUUCUCUAAUAAUUCAUUGAUAUUUCCAGACAGUGCGAAUUUCUGACAAUUCCAGGUCUUCCAGGUUGGUUUGCCUCAAUUAUCACUUAGGAAAUAUUCAAGUUCUCUGGGACUGGAAAGUUUGAAAACACUUGGCAUGGAGUGGCCACAAUAUGAAAUGUAAAGUAGACUGUAUGAUACAAGCAGCAUAAGCACGACUCAAGCACUUUGCUCAGCUAGGGUAUUGAUGGGUGACAAACUUGACUGCUUAAAGAGAUACUACAACGAAAUUUUGCGCUCAUUUUUUGGUCUAUAUGCGUUGGAAGGAGCAGUAUCACAUCGAACACACCAAUAUCUUCUUAAAAAAGUCACGAAAAGGAAUUUUAAAAACAAAUUAAACGAUUAGUAAAGAGCACCUGGUGGAUGUCGCUAAAGCCUCAUUCGUAAUGCCCAUCUAGGAACCUUGACAGCUAGUGACGGUUACUGUCUCGCCUCCGGACUGUCUCGUCAUCGGCCACGACAAGAGAAGAGCUGAAGGAGGAACUCCCCUCUUCCCGAGAAUUCCAUUUGUGUGUCCCAAAAGUCGCUAUUGUCCCCCUUCAAGAUUAUAGAAGAUUAACCCGUCACUCAAAAUUCGUACAAAAGCAGCUGCUUGGGUGGCUGGAAUGACUAGGCAUUCCUCUCGAUGUCAGCCUCGCCGUAGCUUUGCUCGUCCCAAGACGACCUAUGUCACAUGCUCUGCGCUGGCUGUUUCCGCUGGGGAUCUGAUGCAGUCGUCCUGUCUAUGUCUCCAAGUGCUUGCCAGAGUGGGCCAGGCUCAAAAUAGAAACGUGCGAUUGUCAUUCACGGAUAUUGUGGAUCAUAUUCAACCUAGUUUUGACCACGACUGGUAUAUUUCAAAUUUGGUUGAAGAAUCCCUUUAAAGGGCAAGUCUCUGUGUUGUUUCCACCACACUAGUUUUGCCUGAUAGCCAUUCAAUACCAAGAGAGGAAGAAAAAACUGUUAACUUGUUUGCAUUAGUUGUUUCGCACUCUGAGCGCUUGGUCGUUCUAAUGUACUUGCAGGGGUGUGUUUUCAUUCGCUCUUCUGCGGUGCUGUGCUUGCCACUGAAUCUGACACGAGGUGCCGCCUUGUUUAGCAGUUUAUCAGCUGUGGCGUGAGGUGCCAUUGGUGACGAACUUCUGCUGCGACGCAACGGCCAGAGUUAGUGCUUGUGGCUUUGUGGCUCAUAUCGCUGGCCAGUAGUGAGUCCGUUUUUUGAAUGCGGUGAGUUCUUGCUCUUUUCAUAUUGCGAUAGUCACGGCAAGGCAACUUGAACAGUAAGCUAAUUUUGUUUGAAAGGCUGCUCAGGCGAUACCAAUCGAUACGCGCCGUGAAAGUAGAAGCACUCUCUUUAGUCGCAGCACCUCAUGCUAGAUUCUGCGGCAAGCAACACGUCGCAGAAGAGCGGAAAAACACUCAUCCAGAGAAUGGUUGGAUUAUGAAGAAUGUUUGCGUUUUCAGUCAUGAGAAUUCAUCCUGUGGAGAUCGCAGGAGUAGCAUAAAGGUCCAAUGGUGGUGUAGCUCAUUUUGUCCGAGAUGGUACACCUGCCCCCAUUGCAUUUUUGAAGCCAGCUCUUCCUCAGUGCCUGUGUAAGUACUUUUUAGUAGAUAACUUCGGCCAUACACUGCUCUUACGAGGCCUCCCUGUGUGGCAUGUCAUGUCUUGCUGUACAAGUUGCGAAGAUAUUUCAUAGCAAAGUUGCAUUUUUCUACGCCUUAGAAGUUGGAACUCGAGCAAAUUGAAGCAGGGGUACAACUUUUUAUUUCACUGGUUCCUUGAAUGCAGUACAUGUUGAAUGCAGUACAUGCAGUGUCUUAUGUGGAAAUUUCUGAAAAUGGUCUAUUUAGGACUGGUACUUGCGUGCAAGGGCUGGCAAAUACCAAUCGAAAUAAAAGUCUUGCAGAGUUGGGAUGGCGGUGUCCAGGAAGUCGUCAUUUCUGGUGACGAGCAGGGUGACAUUAUCGACACUGGUGUAUACAAAAAAGAAACAUUCCUCCAAAUGCAGAAUAUACAUCAACACCUGCACCUGCGUGUAGUAACGGUGUGAUUGUUUCAGACAUAGCUUGCCGUCGACAUAUACUAAGUAGCUGACAAAUGUCACCUUCCGGGUGAUAUCAACGAUAAGGCUGUUCCUUAUGCUGCUAGGACACUUGAUCUCCAAAAGCACGGUGCCAGUGGUCAGUCCGAAGAGCCCGUCAGCACUCCCGCAGAGCCAGGGCUUACCAUUAUGGACAAGCAGGCCCACCUAAAAUGAGAAAAGUGAAAUACUGAGCUGAAGGAUUCAUCUUUUUGCAAAUUCAUUUGCUUGCAUGCCAAUCAUUUUAUGACAUGGUUAAACCUGUUUAUCACAAAACCUUUCAAAAUAACCAAUAUCUUCAAAUUCAUGCAGUUUAAAUGUGCAGAUGAAAGGCCACAGCAAAAACUUUUAAAAUCUGCAAGUAGAAGACGUCGAAUUGUGAAUGAUACACUAUCACUUCUCAAGCGUAGAUGAGAUAAACAUGAUGGAAUAUUUCCUUGGGGCAUCUGCAUGACAUACCUCAGUGACAUGGCCCCGAACCUUUCCUUCAAACAAUCGCCGUGCCUUCGGCUCAGUCCGCAAGCCUGUGCAAAAAAGUUGGUGUUAGCUUUCGGAACACUAACAACACAAUAAAUAAGGCUACCAUAGGAUGUUGCUUCGCUUGUAAAGCUUUCCUCGUUCAUCAGGCUUGAGACGAGCUCCUGUGGGGUCUUUUUGGUUCGGAGGAUAGUAUGCGCCUUUGAACUUGAAAUCCGCAUUUUGCGCUCUUGGUACCACCUGUUGGUGCAGGAGCAUCAGUGUUAAUCGGAGAGACAGUUUGCAGCUCUUGUGAAACAAAGUGUUAAUAGUGCCUGAUCUUCAGUGCCGUGCCCAUGGUAGUGACCCAGGAUGAUAUUGUGCAAUAAAAAUACACUUUCAAAGCAA